AUGUCUUCUGCUGCGCCUACGAAUAACGAAGCCAGUCGGGCCAAUAAUACCAGCUCUCCUCAGACCCAGAUCCGCAAACGAUCGAGAUCGCCCUCUGGUGCCAGUCUCGGAACGGUUCAGAAGCGACAGAAUCUAGAGACUGCUCAGGACACCAAACCAGUGCUCGACCACCACCAAACCGAGCUCAAUGUCGGCAUGACUUCCGCCGCUCCGGCUGCAGGACCAGGCCCGUCAGAGUCCUCCUUCAACAGGGGCUGCCUCACUGUCGGCUCAAUCUACCACUCUGCACUGCAGGAUCCCAACCAGGGGCUAGCUAAACCCCGUCAAGACACUGACCGACCGACCGACUACUGA